AUGGCUGGAAGAAAUGCAAUUAACAAACCAAAAAUCAAGAUGUUGGCACAGAGCCAUGCAAGAUCACUAAGCAGGAAAAGAGCAGCACGCUCAUCGGUCCAAACUAGAUCUUCUACUUCCAGAUACGCUUCAAAGUCGUUGACUGCACCAAGACCUACCGAUUCCAAGUCCUUGGCCUUAUAUACCGGUGAAACCCCGCUGUCGCAAUCCGUGAUGACAACAAACACAUUAUCGAAAAAGAGAGCAAAGAAAAUCGCUAGAAACCAGAAGUACUUGUCGCAAAAGCAAGAAGAUGAACUCAUGAUGGAUAUGGAUAAGCAAAUGAAGGAGAAAUCAAGAUUGGACAAAGUCAAAAAAGCAUUGUGGGACUUGAUUGAAAAUUUUGAAAAGAAUGGACCAACAGUGUUGCCAACAGGAGAAGGCACUACUUUGGGUGUGCAAUCAUUUUAA